UUUGCAACGAUAAACAUUAUGCACGUUGUUCGUAAAUGUGUGUGUUUUUCAAAAAUGUUGUGGUAGGCUGAAAUUUUAGUUUUUUUGGUUAAAUUUCACGUUAAAAAUGUAAUAAAUUGUGUAAUUAUCAUCGGUGUAGUGUUACACAGUGUCGGUGUUACAGUUCAGUGUCAGUGUAUUGGUGCAAUAGUGAAUGAUAGUGUACUGCGUAAUAUGUCGCGUGUACCGAUCGUAUGUGUGUUAGGUGCCACAGGUACUGGAAAAUCAAAAUUGGCCAUUGAACUCGCCAAAAAAUUCAACGGAGAGGUCAUCAGCGCCGAUUCUAUGCAGGUUUAUAAAGGAUUGGAUAUCGCUUCGAAUAAAGUCACUCAAGCUGAGAUGGAGGGCAUACCUCAUCAUAUGUUGGAUAUUCUGAGACCGAUGGAUCGAUAUUCGGUGACUGAUUUUCGAAAUCAAGCUUUACCUAUUAUCGACAACAUCCUGAAACGUAAAAAAUUACCCAUCGUGGUCGGUGGUACAAAUUACUACAUCGAAGCGGUGCUUUAUGAAAUGCUAGUCGAACCUGUAGAAGAAAAUUCGGUUUUGAUCGCCAAUCGUUGCCUUGUGCUGAAAGAUUUUAGUCAAAUUAACCAAUGGAAAACCUACAAAGGUUCAGUUUUACCCACUUUGAAGAAAAACGAGACUGAAAAAAACGACACGGACGUUGUCGAAGAAAGUGAGACUGAAACGAGCUGUGAUAUUAAGAAAAUAGUCACCAAAGAUGAUAUCAAUCUGUUAAUCGGACAGGUCAAAUCGAUACAAUGUGAUUUUAGAAAUUCAAUCGAGAGCAUUCUCGAGACGAUGAAUUUAACGUAUCAAUACUACAGCAGAACUUUUUAUCGAAUCGGAUCUGGUGAGCGAGAUUCGGUCAACGAUGAAGAUUUAACCGGUAUUCGCCAACCUGCUGAUACAGAUAUCGUUGAUAUUUUGCAUUUAGAAACUAGAAUAAUGGAGGAAUACAUAAGCAGUAAUUUAAAGCAUAUGGUGAAUUAUUUAAAUGAUAAGUAUGAUUUUAUCGAGUGUGAUAUCGACGAAAAUGCCACCAGCGCUCCGAAAUACGAAAUGGAUUUGGAGGAGUGUUACUCGGUGUUGAGUCAAAGUCAAGAGUUACCUUUCGCCAAGAAUUUCUCAUUCGUGGACGGUUCGCGAUUUUGGAAUCUACCAAUGGUCUGUCGGUUAUGGAGUGAUUCGUCUUGUGCUGUGAUCGGUGCCGAUUAUGGUCAGUUAUCCGAUGAGUUUCGCGAUGUGUACGAACGUCGACCGCAUUUAACGACCAAUUGUUAUUUUAUUUUUAAAAAAUUCGUCGAAUGUGUGAUCGCGUUAACGACCGUUAGAAUUAAACGACUGAAUUUGAUUCGAGUUGUCGACGAAGAAACUUUGCUGGAUUUCAGUAACCAUGAUCUUUACGCCGAACUGAAGCUGGUCGAUCCGGAAAUGCUGAUUAAAAUUCAUCCGAAUAAUCGACGGAAAGUGAUCAGGACCUUACAGGCGUACUUUUCCACCGGCGAAACCUUGGGUCAGUUUCAAAAGAAACAGCAUCAGUUAGACGGAGCAUGCGAAGUAUCAGCUCCUCUACGAUAUCCAGAUGCUUGCUUAUUAUGGAUAUGCUGUGAUCAGGAAGUACUCACUUGUAGACUUACGGUACGCGUUAACGAAAUGAUGGAAAGAGGAUUAAUCGAUGAAUUACUGGAAUUCCAUAAACAGUACAAUACCCAAAGGCUGGCGUAUAAUUUAGACGCGGAUUACUCCAGAGGCGUAUUUCAGACGAUUGGCUUGAAAGAAUUUCAUGACUAUUUAGUCGCCACUGACGAAGAACGUAAUAGUAAUAGAGGAGAGAAAUUAUUGGACAAAGGAGUAGAAUUACUGAAAAUUGCCACUAUUAAGUAUUCCAAGUAUCAGAGUAGAUACAUUACGAAUAAAUUUAUUAAAGUUCCAGACGAGAAAAAGGUUCCUCCAAUUUUUAGACUUGAUGGUACAGAUCUUGAUAAGUGGCACGAUGAAGUCGAAGCUAAAGCGUUUAAUAUCGUAGAAAAUUAUCUCAACGGUAACGAUAUUCGUUCCAUGAACCACACACCUAUACCUUGUGAAGCAGCCGAUCCUAGACGUUUUGAAGAUGGAACUUAUCACUGUGAAACUUGCGACAGGAUGUUUGUAGGUGCUUAUCAAUGGCAAGCGCAUGUUCGUUCCAAGAAACAUCGAGCUGUGUUGUAUAGCAAAAAAGUGCAGGAAUUGAAAAAGAAAUUCGCCGCUUUGAAAAUGCCUAAAAAAGAAGAUUCGACCGGAAACGUUGAGCAAGUUAACGAAGCUAGACAGUAAAAUAUGAUUUUAUCAACUAACGCAGAAUUCCGAGUUUUGUCAGAAAUAAAAAAAUUGGACUUGUCUUCGAUAUAAUGGAAUAAAAAAGUACGCAUAAUUCGCUACGCACAUUUGCAACAGGCGACAACGAGGUGAGAAGUAGGAGCAGUAUAGUUACGUAUGGAUGGAGAACGUAAACAGUGGCAAAAGCGACAAAAUGUGUUUCUGAUUGAAGAGAUGAAAUUGUUAAUAUGCGUGUAUACACUGUAUACGUACUACUGUAUACCAGUACCACCUAAGUUUACAAGUGCCUAUACGCUAUUGUGCAUAAGCUAUCUUACAUAUUAAGCCAUCCUAUGCUAUACAUAAUUAUAACAAACAUCCUCCCAUUCUGGUUUUAUCUGGGGAAACAUAAAUCAAUUUCUUUUGAGGUGCUUUGAUUACCUGGAAAUCUGAUUUCCAGGACUCUACCUCUUUCUGAAACUUCAGUGUGUAAGAUUUGGCUUCCAACUGAAAUGAUAGUCUUCUCGCCCCUAGAUGGAGAGAACAUACCAUGCCAAAGUCGUAGGGAUAGUUUGGUGGUUAAUUUGGGUGUAAUAUCUCAAUGUGGGUGUUCUUUGAAAUAAAGACUUUUAAAUGAUUUCUUGGCAAUGCUCUCUCAAUUUUCUCACUGGUCAAUUCUUUGGCAAAGUAACUUUGCAAGAAUGGUUUAUGGUCAGCUGCGGAUUUGAAUUCUGGCAUAACAAAAAUUUCUUCAAGAUAGAGUUCCAGAAAUUUUUGAGAUGGCUUGGGUGGUUCCCUCCACAUUAACCACCCAGCAGGCACACUCAAUUCAUUUUCUUUCAACAGUGCAAGGCACUUCUCCUUCACAGCCACAUGAGUCUUCAAUACCCUCACUGCUCCAGCUGGCUGCAGAUUCAUUUUGCUUUUGGAAUACUUCACAUACAGUUGUAAUUUGUAAUUCACACUUGAAAUUAAUCAAAGUUUGACUUUCUUAAUGAAUAUUGUUUUGACAAUUUAAGCAAAACUAGAACUGUGCGAACAAUUCUGGCAAAAAAUAUAUAACAAGGACUUCUUGGCAGAAGCAGGAAUUUUCAAAAUUUCAGCUACUAACAAAGUUUUCUGGUCAUUUCUGCAAAAAAUAUUUCAACUUUUUUGAUAAGGUCCAAAAAAAAGGUAUUGUUUGACAAUUCUUGAUCAGCGUACUUUUUAUUUUAGUUCCUGGCACCAUUCAACCCCAAGAAGAUGAUAAAUCACCGAAUCCAAUUAAAAGUUUUAUUAAUUCAUGCAAUUAAAUAAUGAAAAUAAAUGAUUAAAAUAUUGGAAUGAGUGUGAAGUUCUUCUGAAGAAAUAAAUUCAAAAAUAAUGAUUCAAUCAGAUAAUAAAUUUUAAGAAAGUAUCAAAAUAAAUGAAAAAUUAAACAUAAAUUUUGAUUUUAUUUUUGUAUUUUGAAAUCAGAAGUUUGUAAUUUUGUGAUCUGAGAUCAGAGUCACUUUUUUACUUGUGACCUGUGGUCCGAUUCACAAAAUUGUGAUCUGUGCCAAACCCUGCUUGAGAUUGAGAUUACUAUAUUUACACCACAGUCUCAAUGAUUGUGUAAUAUUCCCCAAGUUAUGUUUCAACAUACUCUUAGUAUAAUCUUCUUCAGCAGAUGGUGAUACCAAAUUAGGGGAGAGGGAGGAUGUUUUGGACACUUUUCUUUGAUUUGAAAUUGCGAGUGAUAGGAAACACCUAGAAAGGUGAGGUUGGUCUCAUUUGAAAGAGUAUCUCAACGCGCACAUUUUGACCUUUUCAAAAAAAUUUUCAAGUUUCAAAUUGAGCAAACCAUGGGACAUUGAAGAAAACCCAUUUUGGGUGGAUGUGUUGGACAAGGGUGUGACGUUUUGGACACCACGGGUAGAUGUUUUGGACACGCUGAAAAAUGAAGUUUUUUCACUCAAAAAGUUCAUUUUUUUAAUCAAAAUGUAAACAUACAUACAAACAUAAUAACGUUGAAUUAAAAUAAUUUUAAGCAACUAGAAAGUACAUUAAACACCAGUAAAUCAGGCUUACCUACAAACAUAGGUACAUACAUCAAACAAAUGCCAAUUUAAAAUCAUUUUAAGGAAUUACAAUGUACAUUAAACACCAGUAAGUUAGGCUUAUGAUCAUAUGUCUUGGGUUUAUCAACAAUCUGAUGAACCUGGUGAAAUUUUAUAAAACUUUUAUCGAGUACAAUAGGAUAUUCGUAAACACAUCCAGAAUGAAAGUGAGUUAAUUUAGGUCUUACAACUUUAAUUAAUUAAAUUUUGCAAACUAAACUAGAGAACUGUUCCAUGUCUAAUAAGGAUUAGAUGGAUGGUGCACAACUUCAUUUGAGGUAGAAGUCCAGUGUUCCUUUUUAACAAAUUUUUUUGUGUGUUAUGUUCCUUCUUUCCAAAAUAACCAAAAGAAUUAAAAUUUGAAUAAGUUUGAUCAUGCAAUCAAAAAAAAAAAUGAAGAAUUUACAACAUUCAUAAAAGUAGAAAUUAUUAAAAUAAACUUACACUAAUUGAGAAUUCAUAUUUUUAAUAAAAAAUAUUCGUAACUGGAACAGAAAUAAGAAAAUUGAACUGGAACUAUGCAAAUUGCUUGAAAUAGCAGAAGAAAAAUGGCAACGGAGAAAUCUCGCAGGUGAAAAUUUGAAGUAAUAAAAUAUAAUUCGGUAAAAUUUCGGUUAAAACUUAAAAUUGAUAAAAUUAGGAAUUUAAUAGUCUUAAAUUUCGCACAACUUCGGGAAAAUCGUUCGUUUUAAAAUCAGAAACUUGGUUAAUAAAUUAAAAUAUUGAAUUGGAACGUGGUAAAAACGGAAUUAAGAUUUUGUGACACGAACUUAACGAGCAGAUUUACACAGAGGCUGUCUGGCAAAGUACUAACUUGAAAUUUAGCGAUUUCGGGGGUUUAUAUGUGAAAAGGGUUGAAAAAUGGCGGAAAAAUCGUAGUGGAUUUUCAUCUUUUUAGUAUUGAUUUGUCAUUUAGAUAUUUUUACUUAAAAAUUACAAGGGUUUUACAUUUGGUGGCUCGCUGUAUUCUAAUGGAAUAUGAUAAUAAAUUCCUUACUUACUAACCUACUGUUAGAGAUGAGAGGAAAUUUUCAAUAGAAACAUUCUUGAAAUUUUUCUGGAAAUUUUCCAGAAACUUUCAAAUUUUUAAAUUUAUAAAUUUUCACCAAAACACUUUUUGAUUUUGGUAAAGGCUAAUUGGAUAAAAAAUUUAAAAUUAUUUCCCAGAAUAUUUUCUGGUUGAUUUCAGUUCCAGUUGAAAAUUCUGGAUCACAUCCCUGCAUUUUUUUCUUUGUUAAGUAAGUACUUAAUUGUUGAAUUCUUGAACUUGGUCACAUUUUUAAAUUCUUAAAACACCACAAUAAUGACAUUUUAUUGCAGAAAUGAGA